AUGGCUUCCUCCAGCGGGAGCGGGAGCGGGAGCGGGUGCUCGGGCUCUCUCUCGGCGGCAACGGCGGCGGGCACGGAGGAGGAGCUGCGCGCGCUCAUGGAGCAGCGCCGCGCCAAGCGGAUGCUGUCCAACCGCGAGUCCGCGCGCCGGUCGCGGAUGCGCAAGCAGCGCCACCUCGACGAGCUCACCGCGCAGGCCGCGCACCUGCGCCGCGAGAACGCGCACGUCGCCACCGCGCUCGGCCUCACCACGCAGGGCCUCCUCGCCGUCGACGCCGAGAACGCCGUCCUCCGCACCCAGGCCGCCGAGCUCGCCGCGCGCCUCGGCUCCCUCAACGACAUCCUCGCUUGCAUGAACACCAACGCCGCCGCGGCAGUCGGCGCCGUCGCCGUCUCCGUCUCCCUCACAGCCGCCGCCGCUUCCUCCUCCGACCCCUACCUCGCCUUCGACGGCGCCACCGCCUUGGACGACCUCCUCAGAUCCUGCCCCGAGAAUAUGUACCAGCUCUGCUAG